AUGAGCUUCGGCACGGGCUCCACAUCGCUCGCCUGGAAGGUGGGUGGCCGUCUCAGCGUGAGAGCUCUCUUGUUCGACGCCCGCGUGCUCAUGCGCCACCCUCACGAGCGCGCGCGGAAGGAGCAAUCGAGGCCGGCGGCUCCGAUCAUCGAGCCCGACGUCCUUCGCGCUGACACAAUCUCUUCCAUGCUAAUAUCUCAGCUGCGCGACCACUGCCGUCAGCAGGGGCUCAGCAAUGUUGGCGACCGAGACGAGCUCGUCGGCAGGCUGACUGACUUCCUUGCCAAGGCUGCAGUCACCGUGGAGGCAACUGCCAGCGCCGGCGCCGCUUCACCGCGGGACAAGUACGCCGACAAACUCCGCUCGCGUGGAGCCGCGCAGCUCCUGCACCACGGCCGCGACGCCGACGCGGGCGGGCCGCUCCUCAUGACCGAGUUUGGACGUGUCGAGAAGGAGCGCGAGAAGGCGGUGCGCCGGCACUCAGAGAGCGAGCGGCGAGCGCAGGUGGACACGGGCGGCUACGCCUUCCAGCCGGGCGCAAAGGACCUGCUCCACUACCUCGACAUGAGGGGCAUGCUCCGGCUGCUACUCCCGUCGGACGACGACGAUGACGUGGCUCGGAUGGAGGCGCAGGCGGCCUCGCUCGCCGAGUCGCUGCAGGUGCCCCCCUUCGCCACGUCGCUCGACCCGGCCGCGGCCGCACGAGCGCGGCGCGGCGAGGCGGAGGCGCUGGGCGAGGUGGCGGAGGCCCUCGACCUCACUCCCGGCUCGGUGAUGGUCGUGAGCGACCACUCGACUGUGGUCGCCGCGGCGAGGCGCGCGCGGAUGCUCUCGUGCUACGUCGCGAAGCCGAUCGAGGGGCGGCCGCGGCGGCUGCCGGCAGACUUUUGUGUGGACGAGCUCUCCUUGACGAGAGGCUGCAUCGAGGAGUGCAACGGGGCAACCUUUCGAGACGGCAACACGGAGAUCAUAUCGAGGUACGUUGGCGGUGACUGA